UGUCCCUGGGACUGGAGGUCCCCAUCCUGCUGAGUCCUGAUUGUUCAUUGUCCUCCCGGCCUCCCCACUGUGCUGGUCUCUACUUCAAUCUCAGCAGACAUGUCCAGCCUCCAGGUGCUGUGCUCCGGCCUGCCCUUGCGACCCCUCCCACAAAACCAGGGACGCUGGGCUGGGGUGCCACACGCCCCUGUCAGGACCCCCGGCCUCAGCCCCAUGGAGGAGCAGUUGGCACUGAGGAAUGCCCUGCGCUACUUCCCACCUGAUGUCCAGGAACUGCUGGCCCCAGAGUUUGCCCAGGAGCUGCGACUAUAUGGGCACAUCUACAUGUACAGGUUCUGUCCCAAUAUUGAAAUGAGAGCCUACCCAAUCGAGCAGUACCCUUGCCAGACAAAAGCCGCCGCAGCCAUCAUGCACAUGAUCAUGAACAAUCUGGACCCUGCCGUAGCCCAGUUUCCCCAGGAGCUGGUGACCUAUGGAGGAAAUGGGCAGGUGUUCAGCAACUGGGCUCAGUUCUGGCUGACCAUGUACUACUUGUCGAAGAUGACUGAGGAGCAGACUCUGGUCAUGUACAGUGGACAUCCGCUGGGCCUCUUCCCGAGCACCCCUGGCGUCCCACGGCUGGUCAUCACCAACGGGAUGGUCAUUCCCAACUAUUCCUCCAGGACAGAGUAUGAAAAGCUCUUUGCCUUGGGAGUUACAAUGUACGGCCAGAUGACAGCAGGCAGCUACUGCUACAUCGGUCCCCAGGGAAUCGUCCAUGGCACAGUGCUCACUGUGCUGAAUGCUGCACGUCGAUACCUGGGCAUCGAGGAGUUGGCUGGGAAAGUCUUUGUCACCUCUGGGCUUGGUGGGAUGAGCGGGGCUCAGGCCAAGGCUGCAGUCAUCGUGGGUUGUAUUGGUGUGAUAGCAGAGGUUGAUAAAGCAGCUCUUGUAAAACGUCACCAGCAAGGCUGGCUGAUGGAAGUGACUGACAGCUUGGACCACUGCAUUGAGAGACUCAGGGAAGCAAGGAAAAAGAAGGAGGUACUCAGUCUUGGUUACCAUGGCAAUGUAGUGGACCUUUGGGAGCACCUCGUCCAUGAAUUGGACACCACAGGAGAGCUCUUGGUGGAUCUUGGGUCAGAUCAGACAUCCUGCCAUAACCCAUUUAAUGGAGGCUACUACCCUGUGCAGCUCAGCUUCAUUGAGGCCCAGCACCUCAUGGCUUCCAACCCACCUGCUUUCAAGGACCUAGUGCAGGAAAGCUUAAGAAGGCACAUCUCAGCCAUCAACAGGCUGGCCAAAGAAAACUUCUUCUUUUGGGACUAUGGCAAUGCCUUCCUUUUGGAGGCACACAGAGCAGGAGCAGAUGUGGCAAAGAAGGGUGCCAAUAAGACAGAAUUCCGUUACCCCUCAUAUGUCCAACACAUUAUGGGGGACAUAUUCUCCCAGGGAUUUGGGCCUUUCCGCUGGGUAUGCACAUCGAGGGACCCCCAGGACUUGGCUGUCACAGACCAGCUGGCCACAUCUGUGCUGGAGAAGGCCAUUGCCGAUGGAGUGAAGCCAUCUGUGAAACUGCAGUAUAUGGACAAUAUCCGCUGGAUCCGAGAAGCUGCCAAGCAUCAGCUGGUUGUGGGGUCCCAGGCAAGGAUCCUGUACUCAGACCAGAAGGGCCGUGUGGCCAUUGCUGUGGCCAUUAACCAAGCCAUCGCCAGAGGAAAUAUCAAGGCCCCAGUGGUUCUGAGCCGAGACCACCAUGAUGUGAGUGGCACUGACAGCCCCUUCAGAGAGACUUCCAACGUAUAUGAUGGUUCUGCCUUCUGUGCAGACAUGGCUGUCCAGAAUUUCGUGGGAGAUGCCUGUCGUGGAGCCACCUGGGUUGCACUUCACAAUGGAGGGGGCGUGGGCUGGGGUGAGGUGAUCAAUGGGGGAUUUGGUCUCAUGCUGGACGGAUCCCCAGAGGUGGAGCACAAAGCCAGGAUGAUGCUCAGCUGGGACGUCUCCAAUGGCGUGGCCAGGCGCUGCUGGUCUGGGAACCCAAAGGCCUAUGAGAUCAUCUGUCAGACGAUGCAGGAGAACAGUGGCUUAGUGGUAACACUUCCCCACGACGUGACAGAUGAGUGCAUGCUCCAGCAAGCCCUGCAACCCUGAGAGGAAUCUAGAAGCCAGCUGCAGUCUUCUUUGUCUCCCUUCCUCCCUUGGCUGUCCUCACCCUCCUCAUUUCAACACACCUCCUACACACUUCACUUCUGGGCUUCAUGCUCAAGCCCUUAUGUGGCCCUCACAGCACUCUAGAUGGGUCCCAUUUUACAGGCAAGCCCCAGAGAGAUGAUGCCACGUGUCCAUGACCAUAUUGCUUACGAGGACCCCAAGGAGGGUAGGGCACAUCUUUUCCAAGGCCAAGUCCUCGAUCUUCCUACAGGGUAGACACCAGCUGUGGGGUGACUGGCAUGAAUUGGCCAAUCUGAGCACCCACCAGGUCUUUCCUAAGCCCCCCAGAGUUCUCUCUGGAUUUUAUCACAUCACUCUACUUCCUGUCUCCUGCCUGUGCAUCUGUCUGUUCCUCAGCACCCCAGGCUUGGGGAUAAAAAGGAGGAGCCUAGAAAGGAAAAUAAAUAGGAAAUAAAGGAAAAAAUAAAGAAUGUAUGCCUCACAUCCUGGCAGGGUGGGAGUGGACUGGUGGGAGUGAGCAGCUUGGUGUACCCCAGGGAAAGGGAUCAUUGGCUAGGGAAAUAAGGGGAGAGGAGGGCACCCCUUCUGGCCAGCACAGCAUGAACUGCUCUCUGGGAGCCCUAAUUGGGAUAUAGGUGUUCUACAGGAACCACUUUGGUCCCUGACACUAGAGCCUUGCACCUCUCCCUCAACCCCAAAUCCUAGCCAUAGCUAGACCCAGAGCCUCCACCCCACUACCUUGGAGAUCAGGUCCAUGGUAAGGACCCAGGCAAAAGGAAUUAAAUAGCCACACUUCUGGUCCUUCAUUUUGAAGAUGGCACUUAUUUAGCAUCCCCUACCCUCAGGGCCUCUACUGCCUCCCUGCCUCCUGGCUGUGCUAUGCUUCUUCUUCACCUAGGCUCACUCUCCCCUUGGAGGCACUACAGGCUCUCCUGUAACUUGAGAAAGCACAAGGUUCGUGGGUGAGGAGAGAGUAUGGAGAAAGAUCCCCAGAGAGACCACUAACUCCAGCCCCAGAGGUGGCCAGGCUGGAGUGGGGACAUUUCCUGUGUUUGGCUCACACAGUGAUUUGGACCCGGUUUGAACCUUUUGUCUUGUCAGAGCAGUUACCUUUGGGGAGGGGCAUGAGGGGUCCACCAGUGGCCCCAUCCAAGACAGGCUAUGCAUGGCCUCAUCCUGUUGUGGGACAAAGGCCUGGGAGAUAAGGAUGGGGUUACUUUGUCCUUGUGCCGAGAAGCCAGUGACACAUGCCCCUUUCCUUUGCAAGUAAUUAUGCUUUAUCAAUGACAUACCAACCCUCAAAUAAAAUUUUAAUUUAAAUGAUACUAUUGGAGAUAGAUCAUAGAAGCUACGUUAAUCAGCUUUGCAUUGGCAUAAUGAACUAUCUGAGUCAAUUAACUUGGAAAGAGAAAAGAUUUAUUUUGGCUCAUAGUUCUGGAUGUUCCAAUCCAAUAUCAGGAGGCCUUACAGUUUUAGGGCUCUAGCAAGGAUAAUAGGUGACAAUGGCAGGGAGUAUAUGGCACAGCAAACUGCUUAAUCAUGAUUCAGGGAGCAAAGAGAGAAAGGAUGGACCAAAGUCCCAUCAUUACCCUACUCUGUUUGACUUCUGUGAGGCAGGUCUUUCUUAGACCUCUGCAGUGACCUCUUGUCUAGCCUCCUUGCCUCCGUUCUUACCCUAAUUCUAUGUUGGAGACUCUGCUCUCAGGGACACCAUUGUAAAAUACAAUGGUAGCAUGUAACACCUCUGCCUAAAAACCUACAGUGGUUCCUCUAACCCUUGCUGGAUCCUCAAGGCCUGAGGACCCAGAUAUAGAUGAGGACCCUAAUAUAGCAAGGCUCCUUGGAGACUGUGAAGGUCAGCAAGGAGGUGGAGGAAGACCUAGAGCAGAAGGUUCACAAGUACCCACAGAGGAGAGCAAGUCACACAGGACAGGCAAGAUACCACCUUCCAAAUGUCCAUAAGGCUGACUACACCUGCUUGAAAAAUACUCUAAAAAAGUAAUAUAAGUCAUUAUUGAAAAAGGGAGAAAAAAUAGAAGAGGGUGAUAUCCAUAUUGCUAUCAAGUAUUUUCCAAUAAAAUUUUCUUUUUACUUUUACUGUGGUAAAGUACACACAACAUAAAAUUUACUACUGUAAACAUUUUUCAGUGCCCAGUUAAUUGGCAUUAAAUACAUUCACAUUGUUGUGUAAUCAUCACCUCCAUCCAUUUCCCAAAUUUUUCUAUCUUCUCAAGCUGAAACUCUGUCCUCAUGAAGCAUUACACUUUUCAUUCCCCCUCCCCAGUCUCUGGCAACCACUCUUCUUUCUGAAUCUAUGAAUCUGGUUACUUUAAAGACCUCACAUAUGUGAGAAUCAUACAGUG